AUGCCCUGCAAGGCGCUCGCCCUCUGCCUCCUGGCGCUCCUGGCGCUCUCCUCCGCUUGCUACAUCCAGAACUGCCCCAUCGGGGGCAAGCGCGCCGUGCUGGACAUGGACAUCAGGAAGUGCCUGCCCUGCGGUCCCAGGAACAAGGGCCACUGCUUCGGUCCCAACAUCUGCUGCGGAGAGGAGCUGGGCUGCUACUUGGGCACCUCCGAAACGCUGCGGUGCCAGGAAGAGAACUUCCUGCCGACGCCGUGCGAGUCCGGCCGGAAAGCGUGCGGCAGCAACGGAGGGAGCUGCGCGGCCGCCGGCAUCUGCUGCAGCCACGAGGGCUGCGUGUUUGACUCAUCUUGCGACCAAGAAGGGCUCUUUCCAUAGCCCAGCCCGACCACAGGACAGCRAAGGCUUCCCAGGACCCGCCACCUUGUCCGAGUCCCACAUCCAACAGACAGAGCAAGUCCCGUGACUCAAAUUUAAG